GAUAACAAAUUAUUUGCAUUAUUCAGUGUUUGAUUGGAUGGCGGUUCAGUCGUUUCAUCAGUUCGGUUUUCUUUAUCAAAUCAUGUGGAUUCAUUUUGUGUUGAUCGCUGUAUUUCUAGCCAUUUUUUGGUUGCGAAAUCGGUAUUCUUACUGGGAGAAGCGUGGAGUGCCUUACAUUCCGGCAAGCUAUCCUCUCGGUAAUCUCCAAGGAUUAUUCGGGCAACAGUUGAGUACACUGACGAAAGGGUUCUAUGAGAAACUCAAAGGUCCCGCCCGAAAACUUGGAGGCAUCUAUUUCUUCAUAAAUCCCGUUGCUAUUGCAUUAGAUCUGGAAUUCGUGAAGGACAUUCUCAUUAAGGAUUUCCGGUACUUCCACGACCGUGGAUUAUAUUACAACGAAAAAGAUGAUCCUCUGACGGCCCAUCUGCUUACUUUGGAGGGAAACAAAUGGAAAACUUUGCGGAAUAAACUUACACCGACUUUCACUUCAGGGAAGAUGAAGACAAUGUUCCCCUUAAUCACCUCGGUCGCCGAACAUUUCCAGCAAUCGUUGGAAGCUGCGGUAGCUACGGGACAGGAUAUUGAAGUGAAAGACUUUUUGGCCCGCUAUACGACGGAUGUCAUUGGAACCUGUGCAUUCGGAUUAGAGUGCAACAGCUUGGCGGAUCCAAAGGCAAAGUUUCGUGAAAAAGGACGCAGAGCUGUUCAGCAAAGUCCGAUUCAGGUGAUCAAAGUUUUCUUUGGCCUGACUUUUGGUGAUUUGGCUCGGAGAAUGCAUUUGCGAGUGAUAAAAAAAGAUGUUAGUGAGUUCUUCAUGAAUGCAGUCAAACAAGCGGUUGAGCAUAGAGAGCACAGUAAGGAAGUGCGUAAUGAUUUUAUGGAUUUGUUGAUUAAGUUGAAAAAUACACAGCCGAUUGAAGGAGAAAACAUAAAACAGUUGGGUCCGUUAACUUUAAACGAAAUAGCAGCGCAAGCAUUUGUAUUUUUUGUUGCCGGAUUUGAAACAUCCUCUACUGCCAUGACUUUCUGUUUGUACGAGUUGGCACUGAAUGAAGAGCUUCAGGAAAAAGCAAGACAGAACGUUUUGGAUUCCCUGGAAUCGCACGGUUCCAUGACAUAUGAAGCCAUUUAUGACAUGAAAUAUAUUGAAAACUGUAUCAAUGAGUCGCUUCGUAAAUACCCUCCAAUAACAAACAUAUUCCGUUGCGUGAGCAAUAAUUACCAGGUUCCCGGCUCCGACAUAGUGCUGGAGAAGGGGUUUCGUGUGAUGGUGCCUGUUUACGCAAUCCACCACGAUCCGGAGUAUUAUCCGAAGCCGGAAAUGUACGAUCCGGAACGGUUCAAUCCGGACCAGGCUAACCAACGACACCACAUGGCAUUCAUUCCGUUUGGUGAUGGACCUCGCAGCUGCAUCGGGCUCCGAUUCGGAAUGAUGCAGGCCCGGGUUGGCAUGGCGUAUUUGUUGAAGAACUUCCGAUUCAAACUAGCAUCCCGAACAUGCACGCCGCUGGUGAUUGAUCCGUCUAGUUUCAUUAUGGCCCCGAAAGGAGGUUUGUGGUUGCAGAUUGAUAAGGUCUGACGGAUGAAGCGAUUGGCACUUGGAUUAUAGUCAGAAAUGUAACUUAUAUUAUUAUAUGUUAUUCAAAGCUGAUUCGAGCUUAACUUUGUGUGAUUAAAGCCCACUUCAAAAGGGUGUUGGAUCUGGUUUUAUCUAUAUUGUAACAUGAAACUUUGCCAUUUCAAUUAAAAUGGAUUUAUGUAUUUAAUGUGAAAAACAAAA